AAGGCAAGCGGGAGGGGAAGGGCCGCCGCGGGGGGGGCGCAGAGCGGGGGGAAAGGGCGCCCUCCGGCCCGGGCCGGCCCCCAGCACCCUGCGAGCGGCCCCGCCGCCGCCGCCGCCGCGGGGCGGGCAGGGCAGGGCAGGGCAGGGCAGGGCAGGGCAGGGCAGGGCAGGGCCCCGGCCGCCGCCCGCCGCCGGCCCGCGGGGCGGAGGUCGCCCGCCUCCCCCGCCCUCGGCUCCGGCCGGCCGCCGCCGCUCCGGCCCCGCGCGCAGCAGGAGGCGGCGGCUGCGCCCGACUCGCCGCCCGCUGCCGCCGCGGCGGAGGCGCAUGGAGACGACGGCGGCCCGCGCGGGCUGGGUUCUUUUCUUCCAUCUUCCUCUCAUCUCUGGAAGCUCCAUCGCUAUUGGAAUAGGCAGCAAUUAUUCCAAUCUCUAUGAGCAGACCAUUCUACCUUGUAAAAAAGAGGAACUACAGUGUGGUAAUGGACUCUGCAUCUUAAACUGGCUACGCUGUCACUAUAAGAAGGACUGUGGCAGAGACUACAUGUCCAUCAAACUAACAUGUUCAAAAGUUCACUUGAACCAGAGCAGCCCAAUCAAUGAAUUUCCCAGCUAUAGUGAAAAUGGAAAUGAUCCCAGUCUACUUGUGUCACCCCUUCUGGUGGCUGGAGUGGUUAUUGGACUUGUGCUAUUUCUAUCCUGUGUUACAAUCAUUGUCGGCAGCCUGCGAAAGGAUGGACGGUUACGACACCCACAUCUGAGGAGAGAUGCUAGUUAUGCUCCAGAUGGCUUCUCCUAUGGCGGCUCAUUUGGAGAGCUGAGAUCCACCUGCAUGGAGGAGUUCCCCCCAGCUUUUGAUUUUGGUUCCUAUCUGGAGACACUUUCUCAGGUCAACGUCAUGUAUCCUGAUUCACCUCCCCGCUACGAUGAGUGUGUGGGGCCAGGAGCAACACAAAUAUAUAUUCCUACAGAUGAUCCCCCUCCAUAUUCUCUUACGGACCCUUGUCGAAGAAAUGAAAUAUCUAUAAACAUUAGCUUGGACGACGAGGCAGCAUCUGGGACUACAGAACAGGCUGCGAAUUACGCAGUCAGACUGCAGGACUUGCAGCAGCCCAUUUCAUCCAUCUCUUUGUCAUCUUUCACUUUGGAGGCUGCUCCCCUCUACGAGAUGGUGGUGUGUGAACAGAAUAUCCCCAUUCCACUCGUUCCAAUGGAUGUACUGAAAAAUUCUUCCACUGACUAUCACACCCUUCUGAACCAAAUCAUGUGAAUAAAAGUGACUUUUCCUUUCCAUUCUUCUGAAGGACUCAGACCGAGAAAAGCAUUUAAAUGGAAGAAUAAAACCUCUGAAAGUUUGAUCUAUUUUAUAUCUUUAAA